AUGGCGGACACUGUUGUGCGCCCGGAUGAGCCUGACAAUGCAGGCACGGUCGAGCUCAAGGAGAACACGGUUAUUGUCGUUCUCGGCGCCUCUGGUGAUCUCGCCAAAAAGAAGACAUUCCCAGCGCUUUUCGGUUUGUUCCGCAACAAAUUCCUCCCCAAGGACAUCAAGAUCGUUGGAUAUGCCCGAACUAAAAUGGAUCACGCGGAAUUCCUCAAACGAGUCAAGUCCUACAUAAAGACCCCAACAAAAGAGGUGGAGGAACAACUCGAGCAGUUCACUUCGAUCUGCACCUACAUUGCUGGUCAAUACGAUCAAGAUGAGCCUUUCCAGAAGCUUGACAAGCACAUCACCGAUAUCGAGGGUGGCCGAAAAGAGAAUAACAGAGUCUUCUACAUGGCUCUCCCACCCAGUGUCUUUCUUACAGUCUCACAACACCUGAAGAGGAACUGCUACCCCACCGGUGGGAUUGCCAGAAUCAUCAUUGAGAAGCCAUUUGGUAAAGACUUGAACAGUUCACGGCAGCUGCAGCGGGGGCUCGAGCCAGACUGGAAAGAAGAAGAAAUCUUCCGUAUUGACCACUACCUUGGAAAGGAAAUGGUCAAGAACUUGCUCAUUCUCCGAUUUGGUAACGAAUUCCUGGGUGCUACCUGGAACCGCAACCACAUCGACAGCGUUCAGAUCACCUUCAAGGAGCCUUUUGGAACCGAAGGUCGCGGUGGCUACUUUGAUGAAUUCGGCAUCAUUCGUGACGUGAUGCAGAACCAUCUCCUCCAAGUGCUCACUCUACUUGCCAUGGAACGUCCUAUCUCUUUCUCCGCCGAAGAUAUCCGUGACGAGAAGGUCAGGGUUCUCCGAGGUAUGCCUCAAAUCGAGCCAAAGAACGUCAUAAUCGGCCAGUAUGGCAAGUCUCUCGAUGGUACCAAGCCCGCAUACAAGGACGACGACACUGUCCCCAAGGAUUCGAGAUGUCCCACGUUCUGUGCUAUGGUAGCGUUCAUCAAGAAUGAGCGAUGGGAUGGCGUACCAUUCAUCUUGAAGGCUGGCAAGGCUCUCAACGAGCAAAAGACCGAGAUCCGAAUCCAAUUCAAGGAUGUCACCUCUGGUAUUUUCAAGGACAUCCCUCGAAAUGAAUUGGUUAUUCGAAUCCAGCCCAACGAAUCAGUCUACCUCAAGAUGAACUCCAAACUCCCCGGACUGUCCAUGCAAACAGUGGUCACGGAACUUGAUCUUACCUAUAGGCGCCGGUUCUCCGAUCUCAAGAUUCCUGAGGCUUACGAGAGUUUGAUCCUGGAUGCCAUGAAGGGUGACCACUCCAACUUUGUCCGUGACGAUGAGUUGGAUGCGUCUUGGAGAAUCUUCACACCUCUCCUGCACUACCUGGAUGAGAAGAAGGACAUUGUCCCCAUGGAAUAUCCUUAUGGCUCUCGUGGCCCUGCUGUUCUUGACGACUUCACUGCGUCGUAUGGCUACAGAUUCAGUGAUGCCGCUGGUUAUCAAUGGAACACUGCAAGCACACCUAACAAGUUGUAG